AUGUUAUACAAAUAUGAGCCUAACAUCGAACAGAUGUUUGAACAGGGCUUAUGCAAGUCCUGGUCUUGCGUUGACGCAGGCGUCAAGCCACGUGGCGAAUCACACAAGAGGCUUGCCACAUAUCUGAGCAUCCUAGUCUACUUUGGCGAUAAGCAAUUUAGCAUUGCAGGUAGUAGCAUGGUAUUGGAUGCUUUUCCUACUGAACGCUCAAGGUGGGAGAAGGCUCCCCCUGGAGUUAUGGCCAACAACAAAUCCCUCGAGGAGCUCAUCAACGGCUUCUAUGGAGUUCCGCUGCCGCCACAACUUCUUACCGCAGCGACCAAGCGUAUCUCCGACAUCGCAUGGAGAGGUGACGGAGUGGAUCCGUUUUCCUCGGAAGGCGGAUGGUCAACAGAAGCGCCGGACUAA